CACUGCGCAUGACGAAUUCCCAAACUAGCCUCUCCCUUCCUCAACGCUUUCAGUCUGCCCUCACAUUAUGCGCCUGCGUACUACUACCUAGGGGCUCCAGAAUAGGGAGAAUCGGUGGGAGUUAGCAAGCUGUGUAAUGGCGGCCUCGGUGUUGCUGUCUGCGGAGAACACCGGACUUACUUUUGCGGUCGGCAAUUCUGGAACUGUAGGGGCUCCCGGGAAUGGAGUAGGGGUACCGGUUCCUGUACCUUGGAAUCGGUCACUGGACAGGGCAUUAGACGAAGCCUCGGCAACUGGUUGCCUCAACCUCAGCGGCAGGAAACUGAAGGAGUUCCCGAGGAGCGCCGCAAACCACGACCUCACAGACACAACUCGGGCCGACCUGUCCCGUAACCGUCUGCCAGAGCUGCCCGUGGAGGUGUGUAUGUUUGUCUCUUUGGAACACCUGCAGCUCUACCAGAACUGCCUGCGCUCGCUGCCUGAGAGUCUUCUUAAUCUCCAGGCCCUCACCUACCUGAACAUAAGUCGGAACCAGUUGUCGACCCUGCCCAGCCCGGUGUGCAGUCUGCCGUUGAAGGUCCUGAUCGCUUGUAACAACAAGCUGGUCUCCCUUCCCGAAGAGCUGGGCCAACUACGACAGCUCACAGAACUGGACGUGAGUUGUAAUGAUAUCCAGACACUCCCUCCUCAGGUUGGUCGACUGGACUCGCUGCGAGACCUCAACAUCCGCCGCAACCACCUGGCCCGCUUGCCCCCAGAGCUGGCUGCGUUGCCAUUGGUACGUCUGGACUUUUCUUGUAACAAGGUGACAUCCAUCCCUGUGUGUUACCGCAACCUGCGUCACCUACAGAGCAUCGUGCUGGACAACAACCCCCUACAGAACCCACCCGCACAGAUUUGUAUAAAGGGGAUGAUCCAUAUAUUUAAGUAUCUGAACAAUGAGGCCAGCAAGACUACACCUGAGCUCCCAGACUACGACAGGAGACCCCUUGCCUUCGGAUCCUGUGUGGAGGAGCUGUACCCUGGCCGGCCGUACGGAGCGUUGGACUCUGGCUUCAACAGCGUGGACAGUGGAGACAAGAGAUGGUCAGGCAACGAGCCCACGGAUGAGUUGUCCGACCUGCCACUGCGUGUGGCAGAGAUCACCAAAGAACAGAGACAGCGGAGGGAGAGGGAGGAGCACAGGACGUCUGGCUCCCAUCCUAUUACCAACGGCACAUUAGAGGCAGAGCUGGAGCAGAUUGACUUUAUAGACAGUUGUACAGGAGAGGAGGAGGAGGCCCAGUUGUAUAGGAGAGGAGGAGGAGAAGUAGCAGAAACAAUCAGCCUCAGUUCCCAGUUCAUGGCUUACAUUGAGCGCCGUGUCACCAGAGAGGGCUCUCCAGUCAAGUCCAACUCCUCCAGAGACUCGAGGACAGACGACCCGAGGCGACACAAUUCUCUGCAGAAUCGGACUGCCCAUGAUCCAGACUCUUCUGCCUCUCAUAAUCAGAGAGGGUCAGGGGCGGGUCCGAGCGGGGCACCGGGUGGGGGCGUGGAGCGAGUGCGGAGGAUGGCCCAGUUGGCCGCCCUGCGGUACGAGGAGGAGAGGCAGAAGUCACGCUCAGUGCAGCGGGACGCCGUCAUGACCUACGUCAAGCACAAAGCAUCUCAAAGCCCUACCAAGCUGAGUCCCACAGAGAACGAGAACACGUACCCCUCCAGGCGUUCUACCCACACGGACGACUCGGCCCUCUUCAUGAGCGAGUCCCAGCCUCGCAUGGUGUUUGAGGUAGACACUGACACCAACACUAUAAAGAGGAGGCCUGGCACUCACAAGCAGUCUCUUUCCGGGUCUGGGAUGUCCAUAGAUAUCGUCCCCACGUGUCUACUGCAGCAGGGCGAGGAUCGCUGCUCCUCCCUGUCUCCCACGGCCCUCCAAUCACCUUCUUACCCCGGCACUGUUGCCCCGCCCUCCUGCCAGGGGCCCGCCCAGCGGCCAGACAGCUUCUUGUUUCGCCUCAGCCAGAAGGAAGAGCAGAGGAGAGGUGAUGGUGCCGCCUCCAGGCCAGAGCGUGAAGAUGUGACCCCUACCCAGCCUCAAGGCCCCAUGGGAGAGGAGGCUGCUCUGGUGGAGCAACUGCGGAAGAACAUAGAGUCGCGUCUGAAAGUGUCCUUGCCCAGCGACCUGGGAGCAGCACUGACCGACGGGGUCGUCCUCUGCCAUCUGGCUAAUCACGUGCGGCCGCGAUCCGUACCCAGCAUCCAUGUGCCCUCCCCUGCUGUGCCCAAACUGACGAUGGCCAAGUGUCGGCGGAACGUGGAGAACUUUCUGGAGGCGUGUCGCAGGAUCGGGGUUCCACAGACGCAGCUGUGCCUGCCCCUCCACAUCCUGGAGGAGAGAGGGCUCCCCCUGGUGGCCGGGACGGUGCGUGCACUCCUGGAGCUGGCCCCGCCCAAAUACACAACCUCCCCUGCCACCACCACUAACCCUCUGGCCAUGUAGGGCAGCAGAGUUCCACACUCACUCAUGGAUGGACAGACACAGGACCCACCCUCUCGCCCUCCGAAUGUACAUUAUAUGGCUUUCCCUCUCGACCCCCCCACCCCCUCAACCAUACAGGGUCACCCAGCCUUCCCAGACAGGUCUUCCCCAAUGAAGAGAGAUGAGGGAGCACGAGUAUGUCAAAGAAAGGGGUGACUGUCUCUUCCACUGUGUCCUCACACAGACUGCUUACGACUUGCAGCCUCUAAAGACUGACGGACGAACAGAUGAACAACCGAGAUUGUCCCAGACAAACGGUCAGUUGGACGGCGAGUAAGAGGGUUUUUUAUUUUCUAUUACUAGUCAUUCUCUCUCCAUCCUCCUCUUAUCUAUGUUCAGUAGGGGUUGUUUUAUUUUCUAUUAUUAUUAUUAUUAUUUCAUCUUAUUUUUCAUAUUCCUUUUACUUUCACAUGUUAGAUCCUUGCAUGUCAGAGGGGAUGGGUGGGUGUAUGGGGAAGGGUUAGGAGACUAGCAAGUUGUCGGUUGCCUAAGUAACCUUUAAGGUCAUGUGCUACAAAGAGCAACAAUAACGGUGAUGGUCUGUCGUCAUGAGAACAUUGAUGCUGCCAACACUUAAAAUGGCUGUUAUUAAA